AAGACAUGACCGCUUGAACACGACUUGCUAUCGUUUAUCUCUAUCGUUUACCUAGGGUUUUAAAGUGUUGUUUUGUUGUAUAUUUGUUUUUUAAGAGCGAUGUCUUGCAGAAGAGGAGCUUUGAUUGCGCUGGAGGGAGUAGACAGAGCCGGGAAAAGCACACAGUGUCACAAACUCGUGGAGGCGUUACAGCAGAGUGGACGAGCCGCAGAAAUUAUGCGCUUUCCCGACAGAACCACUAAGAUUGGCCAGCUCAUCAGUUCAUACCUGGAGAAGAAGAGUAAUCUGGAGGAUCACACGGUCCACCUGCUUUUUUCAGCAAACCGCUGGGAAAUGGUGCCCAUGAUGAAACAGAAGUUGGAGCAAGGCAUUAAUCUAGUGGUGGACCGUUAUGCAUUUUCAGGAGUCGCUUUCACUAGUGCCAAGCCUGGCUUCUCUUUGGACUGGUGCAUGCAGCCAGACGUGGGACUUCCAAAGCCAGAUCUGGUAAUGUUUUUGCAGCUAAAUCCUAAUGUUGCAGCAAACCGUGGAGAAUAUGGAAUUGAACGGUAUGAAACAAGCACUUUCCAACGCACAGUUCAGCAGAGGUUUGAAGAGCUCAUGAAAGAUCAGUCAGUCAACUGGAAGGUGAUUGAUGCUGCUAGGACCAUAGAGGAGGUGCACAAAGAUAUUAAGCUUUUGAGUGAGGAUAUCAUCAGAUUAUCUGAAAAUCAGCUGAUCAGGGAUCUGUGGAGAUGAACAAACCUCCACUUGCUAUGGAGAAGCUUUUCAUAUAG